AUGAUUCUCAAAAGUGUUGUUUUGUUAAUUUUUGGAUUUCUUUUUAAAUACUGUAUUUCUUUAUCUAGUGACAAUGAUUUUAAAGUUGAUUUAGAAUUAAUUAAACACCAACCCUGUGCUUAUAAUAAAGAAAAAUCAAAAUGGAAUAAAAAGAUUGAAUUUCAAAAAGGUACUGAUAAAAGUGGGCCAAAGUUAGUGAAAAUAUCAAAUCAACCUCCAUGUUUUAGUUUAACAGGUAUAGUCAAAGUACAUGAAACAUUUAGAAAUCCAUUUUCUAUUUAUCUUGAAAUACGUACCUCUACAAAUAAAAAACAAUUACCUGAACCAUGUAGAAAUAGACAAAAAGAUGGAUGUGGAGGAAUUGGUUCAUGUUUAUAUUGUAAUGCUUGUGAACAUUUAUCUAAUGAUAUAAAAAAUGAAACAACUAAUCAACUAGGAAGUUUAGUUAAAGCAAAACUUUUAAUGGAUAAUAAACCAAUGAAUUGUGAUACAAUAUUAGAACCUGGAACAUAUGAUAAUAUUCAAUUAGCAUUUUGUUUACCAACACUUGAUGAAAUAUUAAUUAGUCAAGGAUUAACAAAGGAAGAAUUUAAAACAUAUAUUUUUUCUGAUGAUGAUGGAACAAAAAAUUUAGGAAAUCCAUCUUUUCAUUCAAUUCCUUUGUUUGCUACUGUUUAUAUAUUUGAUAUAAAUGUUAAGGAACACAUGAUUGCUCAAAUGAAAGUUGAAAAAUUAUAUAAAGAAAAAGAAGAAAAAAGUUCUAAAAAGUGUUUUUUCUGUGAUAGCAGUCUACCUUCUAAUGUGUAUUGGAAUCUUCCAUUUAAUAAAAUUAUUCUUGAAAAUAAAGAACAUGUUGCAUGUCAUAAAAUCUAUGGUAAUGUCAAAAUAAGUAAAGUAAAUAAUUAA